AUGGCAACUGAUAAACCCAAAGGCAGUGUUGAAGAGUUUAAAGUAAAGAUGGCAACUGAUGAACUUGAAGGCAGCGUUGAAGAGUAUAAAGUAAAGAAGGAAACUGAUGAACCUGAAGGCGGCAUUGAAGAACAUAAAGCAAAGAUGGAAACUGAUGAGCCUGAAGGCGACGUUGAAGAACAUAAAGUAAAGAUGGCAACUGAUGAACCUGAAGGCGGCGUUGAAGAGGAUAAAGUAAAGAAAGCAACUGAUGAACCUGAAGGCGGCGUUGAAGAGGAUAAAGCAAAGAUGGCAACUGAUGAGCCUGAAGGUGGCAUUGAAGAACAUAAAGUAAAGAUGGCAACUGAUGAACCUGAAGGCAGCGUUGAAGAGUAUAAAGUAAAGAAGGAAAUUGAUGAACCUGAAGGCGGCGUUGAAGAACAUAAAGCAAAGAUGGCAACUGAUGAGCCCGAAGGUGGCGUUGAAGAACAUAAAGUAAAGAUGGCAACUGAUGAACCUGAAGGCGGCGUUGAAGAGGAUAAAGUAAAGAAAGCAACUGAUGAACCUGAAGGCGGCGUUGAAGAGGAUAAAGUAAAGAAAGCAACUGAUGAACCUGAAGGCGGCGUUGAAGAGGAUAAAGUAAAGAAAGCAACUGAUGAACCUGAAGGCGGCUUUGAAGAGGAUAAAGUAAAGAAAGCAACUGAUGAACCUGAAGGCGGCUUUGAAGAGGAUAAAGCAAGGAAGCCAACUGAAGAACCUGAAGGCGGCGUUGAAGAGGAUAAAGCAAGGAAGGCAACUGAUGAACCUGAAGGCGGCUUUGAAGAGGAUAAAGCAAGGAAGCCAACUGAAGAACCUGAAGGCGGCGUUGAAGAGGAUAAAGUAAAGAAGGAAAUUGAUGAACCUGAAGGCGGCGUUGAAGAGGAUAAAGUAAAGAAGGCAACUGAUGAACCUGAAGGUGGCGUUGAAGAGGAUAAAGUAAAGAAGACAACUGAUAAACCUGAAGGCGGCGUUGAAGAGGAUAAAGUAAAGAAGGAAAUUGAUGAACCUGAAGGCGGCGUUGAAGAGGAUAAAGUAAAGAAGGCAACUGAUAAACCUGAAGGCGGCGUUGAAGAGGAUAAAGUAAAGAAGGCAACUGAUGAACCUGAAGGCAGCGUUGAAGAGGAUAAAAUAAAGAAGGCAACUGAUGAACCUGAAGGCGGCGUUGAAGAGUCUAAGGUAAAGAAGACAACUGAUGAACCUGAAGGCGGCGUUGAAGAGUAUAAAGUAAAGAUGGCAACUGAUGAACCUGAAGGCGGCGUUGAAGAGUAUCAAUUAAAGCCUGCAACUGAUGAACCUGAAGGUGGCGUUGAAGAGUAUAAAGUAAAGAUGGAAACUGAUGAAUCUGAAGGCAGCGAUGAAGAGUACAUAAGGCCCAAGUGGGAUAGUAAAUUCCAGUACCUUUUAAGCUGUGCUGGAUUUGUUGUGGGUCUUGGAAAUGUGUGGCGUUUUCCAUACUUGUGCCAAACCUAUGGAGGAGGUAAGAGAAAACCCACCUUUUAAUUGAUUAGUUGCAUGAUUGUUCAGACUAAACUAUGACAAGCGCCUCUUGUUCUAAAAUAAUAUGUGUUUGGGGUGUGCCACACCCCUCUAAUCUCUGGAUCCAGCAACUGUUAAAAAUAAUCAGUGCUUUUAAUUCUUGGAAUAGCCAGGCUAGCCUCCCAGUGAGGUGUUAGCCUGGGUUGUGAGCCAUUAAGGGAGAUUAAGGGGCUCUAUGCGAGAUGGCAAAAAAAGCCAGAGGUGGGAACAAAGGUGGCCUAAAAUGGCUCUGCAGAGGCAGCUGUAAAGGUACUUAAAUGUCACGACUCUCCACCUGAUGGCCUCAUCUGUGGCAGAUGACAGCUAGAAGAAGGAGACUAUCACAGGUUCUGUAAAAGGGAGGGGUCCUUUUUUAUUUUUGGUUUGAGAAAUUCAUUGCUAAAUAAAAUAAAAAAUAAUGCCAUUUACAUCCUGCUCUUCCUUCUGAUUGACAGAUGGCUAUGUGCCCAGAGCAAAACAACAAGACAGAGAAAUUGGGAAAGAUAUGUCCCUAAUUUUUCUGUUAACUUCAAUGCCUCACUGCAACUCUGAUUUGCAUGCAGCGCUUAAUAGUAUUACUGAAUAACUUACAACCCAAGCUUUAAGUCUUGUUGGAAUUGUUAUCUAUUGUUACUGAUUGAUUUGGUUUCACUGCAGGGAUUUAGUGUCUGAGUUAUUUACUUUCUCUGACUAAACGGACAUGGAUUUUUAUUUUUAUUUAAAUUCUAUUGGCAAGAAACAUGAAAAACAAAUAGUCUUGCUUCUAGGCAACUGUGACAAAAAGAGUUCUUUAAAUGUUUCUGUGCUUUGACUCUGAUAAAUGAUUUUAAAAUGUGUAUUAUUCCUUGUUGAAAAGUGAAGAGAUUAGAAACAAGCUACUUUGUCCAAGAGCAACUUCCUUUGCAGCAUCAUUCCUGGUUGUAACUUUUUGCCAAUCUCUUCUUCUUCUCAAGGAAAGCAGAUAAUUUACACCUGAGAACGUAGACCAAGGGAGAUAUGAACACCUGAGUUGACUCUAGCUGAUUUCCCUCAAAGUUGAUUCUCCCCCCCACCCUACAUUCCAGAAUUUUUUUUAAAAAUGAAAAAAACUAGCUAAAAUGUAAGUGCAAAAACAGCAGCAAGGAACUCUCAAUCAAUGAAGCAGCAUUUUUUUCAUUACUUUCACCUUCUACAUCUCUCACUGCAGGUCUAAUUUAUGCAGGUUAAUCCCCACCAAUUAGAUGCACUUUCAAUGCAUGCCACAGUAAAAAAACAUAAAAAACCCUCUAACAAUUAGUUGUAUAUUAUUGCCUUUUUGCACAGACCCUAAGCGGGAGGACAUGAUUAGCUCACUCCACAACACCUCCCUGCCCCUCAUAUUGUUUGCAUGGGGGCGGGGGCAGUCCCAAUUUGAAUCUGAUAUCAACAUCACAGCUUCCCCAAUGGAGGAAGUUAAUGAUCAUUAGCUGUAGAACCCUUGUCCCUUCAUGGAAAAAUUCUCAAGAGCCACAACUGGGUGCCAUAGCAGUUAAGGUAGCGCCCCCAGGUUUUCUUACCCCCAGUUUAUCACCAUAUGGGGGGAAAAAUCCUCUCUCAAUCAACUGUUACAGCUUUUUUGCUUUACUUAAUAAUUAUUUUAUGUACAACAUACUUACCUGACAGAUGCUGCUGGUAUAAAGAUAAUGCUAGUAGAAAGUUAGAGGUGGAGGAGGGCAUGAGCAGUGGCAUAGUGUGUGGGGCCAAGGGGUAGAAUUCUGAGGGAACACAACCAGGCACCCCCCCCAGGCAUUGGCUUCCCCACCCUGGUGAAGGAUGCAAAGCAGUCCAGGCCCAUGGAGCACAGGGAGGGGACAAGGGGCAUCCCCAGUGUGGCCUGGCCUGGCCAGACAUGCCCCUGCAGGCAGCUGGCACAGCAAGGCCCCACUUGGCUGGAGAUGUGCUCCGUCAGUGUCAGGGGCUUGCCUGCACUGGGUACCAGCAACCCACGCUAUGCCACUGUUAUGAGCUAACUGUGCUUGGAAAUUGUGUUUCUAGGAGCAUUCCUGAUUCCAUACAUCAUCGCGUUUCUGUUGGAAGGCACCCCUAUAUUUUUUCUUGAAUUAGCUGUAGGGCAACGCAUGAAAAAAGGCAGCAUUGAAGUCUGGUGGCACAUCUCACCUUACCUGGGAGGACUGGGUAGGUUUCUGCAACUGCCUUUACUUGUGACUAUACAAUCUUCUAAUGAUUGCUCCUUCCUGGAAAUGCAUGGGCUCCAGGAGGCUGUAAUAGCAAACCCAUUAGCAGUAGGGUAAGAGAUAAAGGACCCCUGGACAGUUAAGUCCAGUCAAAGGCGACUAUGGGGUUGCAGUGCUCAUCUCGCUUUCAGGCUGAGGGAGCCAGUGUUUGUCCUCAAACAGCUUUCUGGGUCAUGUGGCCAGCAGGACUAAACCGCUUCUGGCGCAACGGAACACUGUGACAGAAACCAGAGUGCACAGAAACGCCGUUUACCUUCCCGCCACAGUGAUAACUAUUUAUCUACUUGCACUGGCAUGCUUUUGAACUGCUACGUUGGCAGGAGCAGGGACCGAGCAACGGGAGCUCACCCCGUCUUAGGGAUUUGAACCGCUGACCUUCUGAUUGGCAAGCCCAAGAGGCUCAGUGGUUCAGACCACAGCGCUACCCGCAUCCCAGUAGUAGUAAACUCAGGCAGUUGCAUGCCUAUCUGUGUAGAAGAUAAACAGAGCCACUCAAGGGCAACCUGUGUGAUUUCACCACCUGAGGCAAAAUGGGAAUUGCCUUCCUCCCGCCCCACUGCUUCGUUUGUUAGCAGCAACGUUUAAUUCACAGAGCAAUAUUGUUUUCCAGACUGCCAGAGUUCAGGUAGUAAUUGGAUUUGAUCUUUCCAUUGUGUGAAUCAGACUCUUGCAAUAUGUAUGUUAAAAAGCAAUUUUCUUUGUUCAUGCCAAAUCUGAGUGUGCUUGUAUAUUCCACAGGUUACACUUCUGUGAUAGUGUGCUUCCUAGUAGUUCUCUAUUACAAUAUGCUUUUGGCCUGGAUUUUGUGGUAUUUUAUAAACUCUUUCCGAAACCCAUUACCUUGGAGUUUCUGCCCAACAGAUACCAGCAAACCAGGUGAGUUCCCAAGUCUCUUGCUGCUUUCUGUUAUUAGUAUCUGCUUUUCUAUGUAUCCUUCAAUCACUGCAUUAAAUUGUUUGUCCAACUCUGCCACAGUCAGCAACUGUCAGACCCAGGUGUGUUCCUGCCAUGCCUCCUUUGGCCCUAGCCACAGAUUGGGAUAAGCAAGGUCUAGACACAAAGCCCUACAGGUGCCCAUUUUUCUGUGUAGGCUAUGCACACAUUAUCAGCUGUGUCUGUGUGUCAGGUUUCAUUUGUGCACACCAGAGACGGGAUGGGGAUGCUUGUACCCAAUGUGCAUUACUUGCUUCAUUUCCCCUCCCGCUUGCAAUCCUCCCAUUUACCGUUCAUGGUGCUAUCAUCUGUGCAUACGCUGUUACACACCUCAGCUGAACUGCACAUCAAAUGUGGCUUAAGUAUUCUUUUUGGGUUGAAGCUGGUUUGAUGGAAAACACACACAAUAGCAGCAUUUAUCAAAAAUCUCUAGGCUAGCUCUACAUCUUUGGUAAUGUUGUAUGUCUCUGGAUUCAAAAUCCACCAUUGGGAGCGCACUAGGGCAAGAGUAAAUGGUAAUGUGUACAAAGCUUGGAUGCAAUUCUUCUCUUCUCCUCUUGCAUAAAAAAGCACAGAUAAGAAGGGGGGGUUAGCUCCCCCUCCUACCCAGAUGCACUGCACUUUAAAUUGACCUCUCCCCCCCAAGCCCUGCUCUUCAGAGCAAGACUCACCUAGUUAGGCUGUGUCCUCAUGAACAUGUGUCUGCAGUUGCAUCCUGUGAACAUACAUGCCAAAUCUUACAGUUCCAAAAGGACAGAAUUACAGAGAAAGCAGCACUUGUAAGUUGUACCAAAAGGGAAUAGGAUAUGAACUGAGAGAAGCACUUGGUAAUGCAGCAGAGGUAGAAUAAUAAUAAUAUUUUUAUUUAUACCCUGCCCAUCUGAAAGAAGCAGCAGUAAGCUCAUGUUUAAGGCAUAGCUUAGUUUAAUAAUGGUUUAAAGUGCUGUGUAGAUGGGGCCAAUAGCUUAAAGCAGGUGUGGUAGAUCUUCACGCCCUCCACCUCUUACUGCACUACAGCACCCACUAUCCUGGGCCAUAGGCCAUGCUUGCUAGGACUGAUGGGAGGUGUAGUUCAACGACAGCUGGAGGUCCAAAGGUUCCCCAUCCUGGCUAGUUUACUAGUUAUGCCAAAGGAAGAGCUUCCUGUGCAGAGAGAACUGAUGCCUGAAGAAAGGCCCCAUUCCUGCCCCUUCCCCUUCAUGGAAUAGCUUCAAGAGGAUGAGGCACAUAUCCAUUCACCUGGGGCUGUGCCUGGUCGCAUCCCUAACACAAAUAUAUGUAGGGCUGGAGAGUUUUGUUCCAGGCUUGGUCUGGAAGAGCUGAGGUGAAGCAUCUCCUCUUGAUCUCAUUCUUUCGGGAAGCCCUGUUUGUCAGUCAAGAGGAGGCUAUUCCUCAAACUAAACAAUACCUCAUUCUAGAACUCCAGAGGAGAGGGGUUUAUGGUAGGUUCACAUUUUCCUUAAAAACAAAACAAAACAUGGAAUGGAGUUUUUAAAAUGUAGUGGCGCUGUGGGUUACAUCACAGAGCCUAGGACUUGCUGAUCAGAAGGUCGGCGGUUCAAAUUGCCGCGAUGGGGUGAGCUCCCGUUACUCGGUCCCUGCUCCUGCCAACCUAGCAGUUCAAAAGCACAUCAAAGUGCAAGUAGAUAAAUAGGUACCGCUCCAGCGGGAAGGUAAACAGCGUUUCCGUGCGCUGCUCUGGUUUGCCAGAAGCGGCUUAGUCAUGCUCACCACAUGAUCCGGAAGCUGUACGCCGGCUCCCUCGGCCAAUAAAGUGAGAUGAACGCCGCAACCCCAGAGUCGGCCACAACUGGACUCAACUGGUCAGGGGUCCCUUUACCUUUAUACCAUCUGCACGCUCAAUUGGUGCAGAAUGGGACAACUGCAUAUUCCUGACUGUCAGGAUCCUUUCCAACUCUUCUAUGAUUCUGUUUUGAUAAUGCCUUCUGUGCUUGUUAUUUCAGAACUUAUUGAAGAAUGUAACAAAAGCACACCUACCAAUUAUUUCUGGUAUAGGUACACUUUAAACAUAAGCACGGAUAUUACAAACAGUGGUCCGCUUCAGUGGUGGCUGGUUUUAUGUUUGGCAGCCUGCUGGUUACUUGUGUUCAUUUGUACAGUACGAGGAAUUGAAUCGACUGGAAAGGUGAGCAGGGAUUAUUACCAGACACCUGUAUUUCACUGACCUGGUCCUUACUGAGGUGGUAAAGCCAUCAUUAGACUGCACCACGUGAGACAGAAGGAAGCUCACAUGAGUGAAUGUUCUAUCAUAUUUUUAAAAGGCACCUGCCCAUUGAAAACUAAUGCAUCUUGGAGGAAGAUAGGUUAGAAUCCAUAUGCAGGAGGGGUUUUUUUUUGCAUGUAUUUGAUCAUCUUAUUACCUGCCUACAGUCAGAAAUGGUACAGUCCAGACAGAAAAUAGAAUAUUAUCUAUCUUAAGUGCUCAUAUAUUUCAUGGUGUUGCCUUCACCUGUUCCUGACACUCACUUUUUUCUUCUCUGCUUUGUUCUUCCUCUUAGGCAAUAUAUGUUACAACUACAUUUCCUUACCUAAUUCUAACAUUAUUCCUUCUUUAUGGAGUGACUCUCCCAGGAGCCUUUCACGGAUUAGUGUAUUUCAUGACUCCUAAUGCAAGUAUUUAUUCAAUUGAUCCUUGGUGUUCCAGAUGAUGUACAGAAAAUCUGACUUGGUCUUUUAGAGGUGGCUUUGAACUUUUAAUAAUAAUAAUAAUAAUAAUAAUAAUAAUAUAAAUGCUCUGCAAUACAGCAUUAAAUAUAAAAAAAUUCCCUAAACAGGGCUGCCUUCAGAUGUCUUUUAAAGAGAAGAUAGCUUCUUAUUUCCUUCACAUCUGAAGGGAGGGCAUUCCACAGGGCGGGCGUCAUUAUCAAAAAGGUCCUCUGUCUGGUUCCCUGUAACCUCACUUCUCGCAAUGAGGGAACCGCCAGAAGGCCCUCGGCGCUGGAUCUCAGUGUCCGGGCUGAACUUUCCUCCAUGCUGCUUCUUUGUUUACCACUUAAUACUAGUUGGGAUCCACACAUAUUCUGGCAAUUGUACUUUGUUAACUCCCUCUAGUAUCUAUGAAGAACAGAAACGUGUGUAAAAAUGCCCUUUUCUAGAACUUACGAAUAUAGGCAACCCUGGGUCAAAUCUUAUUUUUCAGCAGACAGGGCAGAACUACACUUCAUUGUGCAAGCAUGGGGUGUCCCAGUUCUGUAUUUGACUUGUUAUGCUGGGGCGAAUGCAGAGAUGGAGAGAUGCAUUUGCAGAGGAAGCCAGUGGGCAGGUACUUAAUCCUCCCUAUGCCCACCAAUUCUUCCCUACAAAUGCUCCCCUGGGCUGCUUUUUGUUUCUCCGUCUGGCAGAGUCCAAGACUGGAAGAUGUGCAAGUGAAGGUAAAAGCACUCUAGUGAGCAUUUGUAAGGGACUAUCGCCAAACAUGGAAAGAGUUAAGCGCUCUCUCCUACACACUGACAACAAAUUCAGCCCAGCAGGCAGUUUGUGAAACACUUGUUUGCCAGUAUAAUGCAUUGUUCUGUUCUGAAUUUGUUGAAUUCAGAAAACACACUAAUUUCCCACUGCUUGCCAGGAAGGCCUGUAUCAGUGAAAUAUACACAAGAAUGAUGAGACUAAUAAUGUUUUUAGCCCUGAUAUCUCCCUGUCUCUCUCACAGCUCAAGAAGAUCAACAAUCCACGUGCCUGGCUUGAUGCAGCCACCCAGAUUUUUUCCUCUCUUUCUUUAGGAUGUGGGGGACUCAUAGCAUAUUCAAGCUACAACCCGUCAAAGUAGGUAUAAUCUUGCAGUUUUGUUAGCUUUCGCUCACAAUGUGGAGGGGAGUUGUUUGACGCAGUCAAAUUGACUUCUAUGAGAUAGCGCCUCAGUGAUCUCUGGAGACAAGACUCAAUUCUCAUUCAGCCCACACGGGAGCCCAGGAAAAGCGGUUGGCUCUGUUCUCUUGAUGUUUCCCUGUGUGAGUCCCAAAGAUGCCCUUUAUUGUUCUUUCUGCAAUGUCAGAGUUGGGCAGAUGCCCCAGUACACAGGCUGUCGCACACAAACAGCGGUAGGUUGCAUACGCGUGUCUUCAUGUGAAGAUCUUCACAUCAUCUGCAGGAAGGAUGGGAGUGAAUGUGGAAGUGGGAAAAGUUCAGCUGAGAUGCAAUACUUUAUGAUGAAUGAGUCCCACUGAAGUCAGCUGCAGAGCCCUGACUUGAGACCCCGCAGCCACCCCCUCGUUGGAAAUAACUCACAGAAGGAUACGGAUAUUAGGUUUAUGUUACUGGGCAAAUUUUGGCCACAACUUUAUUGAAAUUACAGAAUGUGAGCAGUAUUGGCUUAGGCAUUGAUUGGACCUGACUAUAUCUGACUCCUGCCCAUUGUGCAGGAAGUCCAGUAAGGGUAAGCCACCGGCAGAUGGAGCCCUGUCAAUGCGAACCAACUCAAGCUCACCCUGGUGUUCCCGUCGGGGUCAUGUCAAGGCCUUAGCCCCCCAGCCGGGCUUCAGACUAGAUCAACACCCCCGGGUUCCCUUAAUGGAAUACCCUUAAGCAUGGAGGGGCAGGUGAUGGCCACAACUCCCCUCCCCCACACAAGGUCAAACAAUGCCUAACCGCAACCCUAAGUAGUGACGAUUGCUACGAGGUAGGCGAAAACCAAGUGGCCAGUGCCAAUUUGCCAAGUGGAAAAAUUCCUACCAGGCCCCUCGGACAACCAAGGUGACCAACCAAAGUCCAUAGCAAGGCCAUAGCCUAACCUGCAAAAUAGGGAGGGAGGGCGGGUGAUUGAGGAAGCGAGCCAAAGAGGAAGUCCUCUGGCUUGCUCCUCUGUUUAAACGGCCCCGGCCACGCCCCCUGGCCAGCGGGGGUUGGCUGGCCGGGCUCAGAAAUGGCCGGAAUCCCCCAGGCAAAGUCCCCCGCCCCUGGUGGGGAGUGGGUGGCCACGCGGCCACGCUGGGAAGUGGAGCAGAUUUAUGAUUAAUGAGUCCCACUGAAGUCAGCUGCAGAGCCCUGACUUGAGAGUUUUUAUUUUUGAUCAGAAGGCAAGUGACUGAGGCGACUGCAUGCUCUCAAUAUAGCUUUACUCCAUAAAGUUCCUGUGAGUAUAAAACAGCAUCAUGCCAUCUGUCUACUACUGCUAUUUUUUACUGUUCUGGGAUUGAAAAUAUUCAGUGAAGAGUAGAUUACAAGUACUUCAAAUAAAAUAAUAAAUGUAUAACAUUAGAAGUUACAGACUCGGUGCUGGCCUUUGUAACAUUUAAUCGGGUUGUUAUGUACUUGUUUUUCCUAGUAAUGACUGUGAACUGGAUGCUGUCAUGAUAGCAGGAAUAAACUCUUUGACUUCUUUGUUUGCGUCAAUCCCAGUUUUUUCAAUUCUGGGGUUCAAAGCAACAAUGGCCUAUGAAGAAUGUUUGGAAAGGUGAGCCGUUCAAGUUUCACAGUUAGGAACCAAUUUAAGGUGUUGGUCCAAGCCCUCUGUUCACAAUUUGUUUUGUUUUUCAUUGUCUAAAAUUUAGUGUCAUUUCUCCCCCCCCCCCCUUUAAACCAGUUUAGGGGACCCCAGAGGGCAGAAUUAAAAUAAGAUUGUAGCAUAGAACACAAAGUAUACAAUCCUGCAUGUUCCAUGUGCAUAAUCAUUAAUUCAGGUAUACAGGCAACUUCCUUUUUGUGUGGGGGUUCUGUUUUGCCCCUGGCCUGCCCCUAUUUGAAGCAAAUUGCUGUUGUUUUUCUUAGGAACUGUGGCAAUGCAAAUAAUUCGUACCAUUCCUGACUUUACUGACAGAAAUGUUAAAUACAUCACCAAGGCAUUCAGGAACGAAAGCAUCACUGUAGACAGCGGCACAUUUUGGCUCAGUUACUUGAACGGAACGGAUAUCAAUAAACUUACAUCUCUCAACCUGGCAAACUGUGAUCUCGAAUAUUUCCUUGAUCAGGUAUCGUACUCCAUUACAAAAUGAUUCAGUUGUAAAAGUACAGAACAGUGGUGCCCCGCAAGACGAAUGCCUCGCAAGACGGAAAACCCGCUAGACGAAAGGGUUUUCCGUUUUGGAGGUGCUUCGCAAAACGAAUUUCCUAUGGGCUUGCUUCGCAAGACGAAAAUGUCUUGCGAGUUCCUGCGGGGUUUUUCCCCUCCCCCCCUUUUUCCCAAGCCGCUAAGCCGCUUAUCAGCUGAUCCGCUAGGCCGCUAAGCCGCUUAACAGCUGAUCGCCAAACCGCUUAUCAGCUGAUCCGCUAAGCCGCUUAACAGCUGAUCCGUUAAGCCACUAAGCCGCUUAUCAGCUGAUCCGCUAAGCCGCUUAUCAGCUGAUCCGCUAAGCCCGCUAAGCCGCUAAUAGCGCUAAUCCGCUAAACCGCUAAUCGGCUUGCUUCGCAAGACGAAAAAACCGCAAGACGAAGAGACUCGCGGAACGGAUUCUUUUCGUCUUGCGAGGCACCACUGUAUGCACUGAUUCUGUAGUCGCCAAAACAACGCCACUUGCUGGGGCUAUUGCCACAGACACGGCAUUAGUUCCUGAUGGCUUUCAUAUGCUCUUUUUCUGCCAAGGCACCUAUUUUGCGGUUUUUGCCAUGACAGGUAGUGCAUUGAGUAGGGACCAGUAGGGUGGCAGAAGUGGGGCUAGGUUGCUCUCCCAGCUUCCCAACAGUGCACAUUGUCAUUGCUUAUGGAGGAGGACAAGGCGAGGGUGGCUGCUGCAGCAGAGCCAACCCACUGCUCCUGUUGCAGCAUGUGCACCAUGUCAACCUCCCUGCUGCCUUGCUCCUCUCCUUCACAGCGGCAUGUGGUAUUUUGGGAAGCCAGGUGAGCAAUGCAACCUCACCUGAGAGGAAGCGAUGACAGACAACACUGACUGUGUCAACAGCUUUGUUAUGAAUGAAUGGAGCUUCCUUCUCUGGUCACAUUCCAUGAAGGUUUCUGCAGCUUCCACUGCAUUUUUCUGUAGUUUCUCUGCUGGACCUCUGCCAUGCUGCAAGGGGGUCACAGCCCUCGGUCUUCAGCUACCGUUGAUGUGAUGGCCCAGGCAGGAAAUUCUUUCAGAAGAGCUGUGUUUAGCUCUUUGGCUUCAUACAAGCUGCUCUGUCUCUGGUAAACUAGCAUGUUACUCUGCCCAUAUGUAUGAGUGCACAGAGACCACAAGUUGUUUGCCUGGUUAUCUCCGAAGAAACACAAUCUACCUUCCCCCCUACAACUACUGUUACUGGGGUGUUCUAUGGCCACUUUAUUUAGCCACAAAUACUUGCACACAGAAGAUGGGGCUCAGGGUACCCACCAAAACUCUAGUCCAGCUUGAGAAGUUUCCCCUUAUAAUUCUGCAGAGACACACAGAAACCAUACCUGUGUCUGCACGUAUUAGCAUGAAAAGAACUACAGAGACCAACCUGUGAGCUUAGGUGGCUGCUUUUAUUAUUAUUUUAUUACCUUUCCUUCACCCUUAGAUCCCAGGGCAAGUGACAACAAUUUAAAAUGCAACACUAAAAACAGAUUACGGCAACUUAAUACGACUGCGCUGCUCUGGUUCACCAGAAGUGGCUUAGUCAUGCUGGCCACAUGACCCGGAAGCUGUAUGCCGGCUCCCUCGGCCAAUAAAGCGAGAUGAGCGCCCCCACCCCAGAGUUGGCCACGACUGGACCUAAUGGUCAGGGGUCCAUUUACCUUUACCUUUAUGGUGAGUCCUAAAAAUGCACAUCUCAGGUGCCAAAGGUCAAGGUCAAAAGGGUUUUUUGUUCCACCCACCCACCCCAAUAUGAACUUGUAAUUGGUAAUGGCUGUAUGUUAUUCCAGAUGAUGGCUAAAUGUUGAGUGAUACAACAUUUUGCCUCUGCAUUAGAAUAAAUGACACUCAGAAAUCAAUCUGACAGUUUUUACCAUUAUUUGUGAAUUUUGCAGAGUGUUUCUGGAACCGGCUUGUCCUUUAUUAUGUUCACUGAAAUCGUCAUUAAGAUGCCUGGAUCAAACACUUGGGCGAUUAUGUAUUUUCUUAUGCUGUUCAGUCUUGGUAUAUCUUCCAUUUUUGGACUCGUUCAAAGUAUCUUGACGCCUUUCACAGAAUCUCACACUGUGUCUAGAUACAUAUACAAGGAGGCUAUAUGUGGUAAGGCAUCUUCCUAAAAUCCUUUUCUUUGCUGAUAACAAUGCUCAAGAGUAAUAUGGUGCUUUACUCGGUUCAAAGUGCUACACUUACAUUAUUUCAGCAAUCAAAAACAACAACAGCUUAACAUUAUCUCUGUAUUGCAGGUUGGGGCUGAGAUAGGGUUCGUGGGCAAGACAGUAUUUCGAUGGGGGAAUAUCCUGGCUCAUUUCUCAUUCUUAUAGUUGCUACUGUUGUUUCAAGAUACGUUCUUUCCAGUUUCAUUAACCUCCCCAGGGAGGUUUGGCUGCCACCUUCAUUAUACAUCUUUAGGAGCCAGGCAAAAAAAGUUCCUCUUCAGCCAGAUCUUGGGCUAAUUCUAUGGCCUUUUAAAUGUGUUUGUGGGAGCGGGGGUGAUUGUUUCAUUUUUGUUCUAUUUAUUUUGUGCUUUUAUCCUGUAUUUUUAUCUUGUGAACUGCCCUGAUAUCUCUGAAGGGCACUAUAUAAAUUAAUAAACAGUAAUAACAAUAACAAUAUUCUGGUGAGCAGAAACUGUACAGUCUUAAUGAUGCCACAUUGCACCCAUUAACCAUUAAGGAUAGGUGAGUGGCAAAACUUGGGUGUUUGGCAAGAACGGAACAGACAUGUUGGUAUUGAUUAUAAACGCACAUGUAAACACCAAUGGUUAGGUUUUCUUUUAUUUCAUUUGUGUAAAUUGACUAAUGAAUGUUGUUGUCUGUAGGUUUAAUAUGCCUUACUGCCUUUCUGCUGGGCCUGCUUUUUGCUCUGAGAUCAGGAAACUACUGGCUUGAGAUGUUUGAUGCCUAUGCUGGGACCUUGCCUUUGCUCAUCAUCACUUUCUUUGAACUGAUCGGUGUUGUAUUUAUUUAUGGAAUAAAAAGGUAUGGCUAUGUUUCUUCGCAUAUUUAUCUGGAUAAGCCCUUAGGUGCACAAGCAACUCAAGGCAGAUGAACACGUGAGGCUGUAUUCAUAACUAAGCAUUUCUAUUGAGAAAUGAACACACUAUGGAGAAACUAGGUGGUUCAACAGAACUACUGAUUCAGCAUAACCCAGUGAAACUUAACUGCAGAUUUGUUUAGACAAAUUCUGCAAUGCCUUAAAAUUCUCAGCAAAAUUAGCCUAAUCCACCUACAUCUUGUAAUGCAAAUCAGGAUUUUUUAGUGAUGGAGUGCCUUGCCCCCCCCACCCCCGGCCUGCUCUCCCACUUACAUGCAAACUAACUCUAAUGCUUGAAGAGGGUUUACAAGGUAAACUGGUGUCUAAUCUGGACUGCUUCAGACUGCUUUAGUGAGUUGUGUUUCAAAACUGAAUACUCAUCCAUCAGGGGAGCCGUUAUGUUUAAUAUGAGGGGCAUUCAGUCUGAAGAGGUACCGUCGCCAACAGCCAUUGCUAUUUGAAGUGGUAUGGCCCAGGACCCAGAUUUACCAGAACCCCUCCUCAUAGGGAUCAUGAGAAGCAAGCCCAUUGAUAAGCUGGUGAGGUGUGACACUUCCAUUUCCCUCCUUUAUCCUGGGAAAACAACAUUCUAAGCAACAAACCUUUAUUUAGUCUAUUUAUUUAGAAAAGCAUUUUUGUACUGCCAAAUAAAACACCGGGGUGAUGCACAACAUAAAAUACAAUUACGGUACAAGCAGUACCAAUAAUUAUGGAAGUGACUGGCUAAUCAAAACAUUAAAAAGCAAUGAAGGCCUGAUCUUUAAGAGAGGCAGGAAAGUAAAAAGUGAGGGUGUCUGCCAGAUCUCUUACUGGCCUAGGUGCAGCAAGAGAUACCUGGUUAUUGUAUUUGAAGUAUAAACCAUGUACCCCUGCUCAGAAAUAAAUUCCAUUGCAUACAGUGGGAAUAUGAUCCCAGCUAAGGUUUGCAGCCUUAUGCAUAAUUUGGGGAUAUACACUCCAAAAUUUGCAAUAGGAUAAAGGUUUCCUAUCUGUUGUGUUUAAUUCAUUUGUGUAAAAGAUCAUUUGAUUUUGGAGGGUGCAUAUGGCCUUCUUAACAGCCCAAGCAGCUGUCAGAGAGGAUAGAUCUCUAUUUGAGGUAGUCCUUGAUUUUAAAAUCCCUGUGGUUUAAAAGAUUAAGAACUCUAGGCAGGGAGAGCAGAGGCCUCAAAGUUUCCCACCAGCAGUUAAAGCCUGGAAAGGAGACGGAACAGGCUAGCUGGUCAGUCUUCCCCACUAUGGAGACAUGUAAUUCAUUUCUAUUUCAGUCACAGAAAUCAUUUGUAAAUUAGUACAUAAACGUUUUACGCCAGCCUGAAUCCUCUUUUGUUUGUGUUUCCCUCUUCUGAGUGAUGCUUAUGUAGCUGCUCUACUUGUUCCUGCUUUCAUCAAGUGAUGAGCAGGCAUGCGGUCAGAGGAGAAACAGAAGUUUAGCUGGCUUCAUUUUUUAAUAAGGUUGCAUGCAAGUGAAUUGUCCACAGAUCACCCAUUAAAUGUAUCCAUUUCAUUAACAGAUUCAGUGCAGAUGUGAAAGAUAUGAUAGGAAGACCACUAAAAGGCUAUUGGAAGGCAACAUGGCAAUUUUUCUCCCCAGUGAUAAUGUUCCUAAUUUUUUUGUCCUAUGUACUAGUUGAGCCACCAUCAAAGUACUAUACUUGGAACCCAAAAUAUGUAAGUUACCUUUAUACAAGUCAUUACUAGUCUUUCCCUAAUUUGCAUUCAUGGGGGGGGGGGAUUGAGCUCUCACUCCAAUCUUGCUGCUAUGAACUCCUGAAUUGAUAAAGAUGCUCUGCUUAAGCACAGAAUUCCUGUGCUUAUGAUGUUUCACUAGGGCUUACAGGGGGUCCUGGAGCUAAUUAACCUCACCAGAUUUUUAAUGCUGGAUUUUUUUAGAUAUGCUGUAAGCCACCCAGAGUGGCCAGGGAAACACAGUAAGAUGGGCGGGGUAUAAAUAAGAAAAUUAUUAAGUAUAAUCAACUGAGGAUGCUUUAUGUUGGCCUUUUUAUUUAAUGUCCUGCCACUUUUGUUUCAGCCGGACAUUUAAUAAAUGGUUUUACAUUUUGAUUUUAUUACUCUGCUGUAAGCUGCUCUAAGAGCAUUCCUGAAGAGCAACUUAAAAGCAGGUUGAAUAAACAGACAUCCUCUUCACACCAAGCCCAAAGAUGCCAUCAGUCAUAUACUACAGCCCACCAAGGGCUGGACAGUGAUCCUGGCUCUUGCCAUCUAGGACACCAAGCUAAAACAGGCUUUACAGAACCCUACAUGCCUGCUGGGCUGUUUUCUUCUUUGUGGGGCACAGGAGGUGUGUGUCUGCUGUACGUGUAGUGAGCCAUGAAACUUGCGUAUGUACCUAUUACAAGAUGGUAUUGCCUGGAGAAAGACAGUCAGGGUGUGUAUCCACAGUAGUGGACAGAGGAGGAAUGACCGCUGGGGUUGGGACGCAGAAAGCAGUGCCAUAGCGCACCUGUAGCAGCAAACAUGCUUUUUCUGUAUCGGUCUCUACUGUCACAGUAGGCGCUGUAACUCUCUAAUGGUUUGACUUUACCCACAAAGGCACACUCUUCCACUUUCUCCCAAGACAGAUGGAUGCCAUGUGGUUCCUAGCUAGCCAACCAUACAGACACUGACCAGUCCCAGAUCUGUUCAGCUUCAUGAGUUUUCAGAUGAUCAGCCUUGAUGAUAACUGUUUGCUAUCAAGUCCCAGCCUACAUAAAAACAGAGAGAUUUUACCAUUUCGUGUGACAGGAGUGAGCAUUCAUAAUAAAAUUGUUUUUUGUUAGAUACAACACGCCACUAGCACAAUGGGACUUCCCCCCCUCCUCCUCCCAUGGCAUCCCAAAAUUUGCUCCAGAGCAGGCAGCCCCAAACUCGGCCCUCCAGAUGUUUUGGGACCACAAUUCCCAUCAUCCCUGACCACUGGUCCUGUUAGCUGGGAAUGAUGGGAGUUGUAGUCCCAAAACAUCUGGAGGGCCGAGUUUGGAGAUGCCUGCUCCAGAGGGAUUGGGAAAUCCCUAGAAGGUAUUUAGGAGGUGCACCAGUGGAGAAGAGAACAUCCCAUCAUGAGAGGAGACAUCCUUGUGCUGAUGAAGCCAUAGUCUUAGCCCUACACUGCAUGCAACUCAGGAGUCUUCCCUUUCCCUUUUGGAAUAAUGCCAACCUUUGCUUAGCUCCCACUUUGAAGUAUUAACAAGCUGUAAUUCCUGUCUUCACUUACCUGGGAGCAAACCUCAUUUAACUUGAUGGGAUUUGCUUCUGAGUAAACACAUAGAAAAUUGUGCUGUUUAGUGUGGCUUUCAUGCAAUACAUUCAUUUCUCCCAAAGGUAUAUUUUCCUGCAAAAGAGCAAAAAAAGUAUCCUCCCUGGGCUGUCGUCAUCUCUAUCAUGCUGGAAAGUGUACCAUGUUUGAUGAUCCCUUUCGGAGCCAUUUACCAACUUUGCAGAAUCGUACUGAAAAGGAAACAGCUACAAAUAAUACAUCCAGACACCAGCACUGGUAUCCUUGGUAUCACCAGUAGCACCGGUAGCACUGGUAUCCUUGGUAUCACCAGUAGCACCGGUAGCACUGGUAUCCCUGGUAUCACCAGUAGCACCGGUAGCACUGGUAGCACUGUUAUCACCAGUAGCACCGGUAUCCCUGGUAUCACCAGGAGCACUGGUAUCCCUGGUAUCACCAGUAGCACCUGA